AUUAAUAAUGUGGCGUAUGAAAUUGUAUAUGUUGUACUUAAAAUUGACAGUUUUAUAAUGGUUGACAAUGAUAAUUUUCAGUUGUAAAGUGAUAACCAACGGGAAAACUACCGGAUAACGGGAAAAAUAACCUAGAACAACAACUAGAAAUCCAACCAAAGAUUGAGUGCAAAAAAAAUAAAAUUAUAGUGUGAAAAACAGCAAGCCAGUAAAACGGGAGAAACUGCUUGCAAAAAAAAAGUGAAAAAAAUUACAUUAUAUUAAACAAAUGACGUGCGUGCAAUAAAUCAGUCUGCAAAUAACAGUCUGCUAAAGAAUAAUACGGAAAUUUAAUACAAAAAACAAGGAAAUUUAAAAAAAAAAUCAACAAUAAAAACAAAAAGCUAAAGCUAUAAAAAGUUUAAAUCCAUAUAAAAUAAAAAGUAUUUAACAAAAAGCCACCGGUUUGUCAUGUUGUUAAAGGCAAAAUGGCCUUAAAAUCCAAUAAAAACCUAAAAAAAUCCCAUAAAAAUCUUAAAGCUAAAUAUUUAUUAAACAAACUAAAAAUGUUUAUUAAUACACAAUUAAAUUAAAUCUAAUUUGCAAUUUACUUACUUACAUUCUCCGUCUCAAUGUCUCAAAACAUAAUUUUUCUAUAAAGCAAAUCAUUUGCAACAACAACAACAAAAAUAAACCAAAAACAACAAAACAAAAUAAAGUGUAUUGAAUUUAAAUUGUGGAUAAAGAGAGUGGCCACUCAUUGCAAAGAGUGUGUGUGUCAGUCAGUCAGUUUGUUUUGUAAGAAUAUUAAAAACAAAAGCAAAUCCAACAAGAAUUUAUUGAGUUUUUAUUUCCAAUUUUGUUUUUGUCUUAUUUGCUAAAAUAAAAAGUGUGUGUUUUUGUUGUUUUAUUUUUAAGUUUUUAGUGCAAGUGUGGAAAAAUAAUAUUAAUGCAGCUAACAUCGUUAUAUUAAAUAAAAAAAACCAUCAACUUGGAAUAUUCAACAGACAACCGACAAAUAUCUUAAAGCUAAAUAAAAUCAGAUCUUCUAUAAGCCAACGAUUUUAUUUACAAAUAUAAUUUACUACAACAAAUAACUACACCAGCAAAAGCAAGCGCCUUUCAGACAAAAAAAAGGAUUUGGAAUAACUAAUACAAGGACUCUACUACUGCUAUACUACGCUUCCUUUAAUCAACAGCAAACGCAACAUGAAAUUUAUUUUCCUCUACAUUUAAAGCGAACGAGUUUUUCUCAUUUAGUUUUACAAAAAAGGACUUUUAAAUAACAACAAGAAACAACCGUGAAGAAGUCAAGAACUGAAAAAGGAUUUUUUUACUUUGCAGUUGUAAAAAUUUUCAUCAAUAAUUUGUCUGAUCUUUGUGCAAAUCUUUUUUUACUGUAAGUGAAGGCAAAGCUCUUUUAUUAUUAUAUGAUUGAAAUUGGCAAAUAUUUAAGAAAGUAGAUUUCUUGGGACAACAACAUUUAUAGUAAAAAAAAAUAAAACUUAAAUCAACACAAUAAAAAAUGGAAAAAAUGAUGUUUUUUAAAUUUCGAAAUCUCUUUAUUUGACGCUGUGUCAGUUUAAGUUGUUUCGACUUUGUGACUUUAAACUCACGCACAUUGGCUUCUAAUCUAACCUAAGAAGUAACAACAAAUACUUUACACUUAACAAAAAUAUAAGUUGGCAACUGUAAAUUUCCUGGAAACCAUCUUAAAAUAAAAGAAAAAAUAUUACAAAAUAUAUAAAGCUGCAAUUAAAGAGGAUUUGCAGCCUUCUUUAAGCUGUCCUCAACUAUCCCUCUAUCACUAUCUCUCUCGCUGCUUAAAGAUGUCGCUUCAUUUAACACAUACAACAUCGUCAUCGCUUAACAGACAGAGAAGUCUUUAUGUCCUCAUCUCUUUACUGCUGCUUAGCUGUCAUCAAGGCGGCUGUCGAGCGGAUGGUCUGCAACACAUGUCAGACAAUGGCGGCGGAGUGGCGGGUGUAGGUAUGGGUGGCAAUAUGGGCCUGGGCAUGCAUUCAAUGGAAGUUAGUCCGGCUCCGGGUUAUGGCCUGCCCGCCAUACCCAAAGAUCCCAAUUCCAGAUGUGAAGAAAUCACGAUACCCAUGUGCCGCGGCAUAGGCUACAACAUGACUUCGUUUCCCAACGAAAUGAAUCAUGAAACCCAAGAUGAAGCCGGCCUGGAGGUGCAUCAAUUCUGGCCUUUGGUGGAAAUAAAAUGCUCACCCGAUCUGAAAUUCUUUUUAUGCUCCAUGUACACACCCAUUUGUCUGGAGGAUUAUCACAAGCCAUUGCCCGUCUGCCGUUCGGUAUGUGAGAGGGCUCGUGCUGGUUGUGCCCCCAUUAUGCAGCAGUAUAGCUUUGAGUGGCCCGAAAGAAUGGCCUGUGAACAUUUGCCCUUCCAUGGCGAUCCCGAAAAUCUUUGCAUGGAACAACCCUCCUACACAGAUUCCUCCUCGUCGGGAGGUUCUUCCUCCAGCGGCGGCAGUGGCUCUGGCCGUGGUGAUGCCUCUGGCGGUGGUUCUUCUUCGGGUGGCGGCAAACGCAAACAAUCUGGUUCUGGUUCUUCAUCUGGCUCCCAAAAAUGUAAAGGCAAGAAUUCAAAAAACUGCCAAAGCUCCCUAGGAGAAAAAACAAACGCAAAGGAAUGCACAUGCUCGUGUCGCCCACCUCUCAUACUCCUGGGGAAGGAAGCUCAACUGAUGCCGCCACCUCUGCACUAUCCAUGGUACAUGAACUCGACUGUGUCAAGAAUCGCCGGCGUUCAAAAUUGCGCCAUACCGUGCAAGGGCCCGUUCUUCACAAACGACGAAAAGGAAUUCGCCGGCAUAUGGAUAACGCUGUGGUCGGGCCUAUGCUUCUGCAGCACUCUAAUGACACUCACCACCUUCAUCAUCGACACCGAAAGGUUUAAGUAUCCCGAAAGGCCCAUAGUAUUCCUGUCCGCCUGCUAUUUCAUGGUGGCUGUGGGCUAUUUGUCCAAGAACUUUUUGCAAAAUGAAGAGAUUGCCUGUGAUGGUCGUUUGCUGAAGGAGAGCUCUACGGGGCCGCAUUCCUGUACUUUGGUUUUCCUGAUGACCUAUUUCUUUGGCAUGGCUUCUUCUAUAUGGUGGGUGAUAUUAAGUUUCACCUGGUUUUUGGCGGCUGGCUUGAAAUGGGGCAAUGAGGCCAUUACCAAACAUUCACAAUACUUUCAUUUGGCUGCUUGGUUAAUACCCACCGUACAAUCGGUGGCAGUGUUGCUGCUCUCCGCGGUGGAUGGUGAUCCCAUAUUGGGCAUUUGCUAUGUGGGCAAUUUGAAUCCGGAUCAUUUAAAAACCUUUGUGUUGGCGCCAUUGUUUGUGUACCUGGUCAUAGGCACUACUUUCCUGAUGGCCGGCUUUGUCUCCCUGUUUCGCAUACGUUCGGUGAUUAAGCAGCAAGGAGGAGUGGGAGCUGGAGUUAAGGCUGAUAAAUUGGAAAAGCUAAUGAUACGCAUAGGCAUCUUCUCGGUGCUGUAUACCGUCCCGGCUACUAUAGUCAUCGGCUGUUAUCUGUAUGAGGCAGCCUACUUUGAGGAUUGGAUCAAAGCCUUGGCCUGUCCUUGUGCACAAAUCAAGGGACCCGGCAAGAAACCUUUGUACUCGGUUUUAAUGUUGAAAUACUUUAUGGCUUUGGCGGUGGGCAUAACAUCCGGCGUAUGGAUAUGGUCGGGUAAGACUCUAGAGAGUUGGCGACGCUUUUGGCGGCGACUGUUUGGCCAGCCCGAUCGCACCGGGGCCAAUCAGGCGCUCAUCAAACAAAGGCCACCCAUACCACAUCCAUAUGCCGGCUCUGGCAUGGGCAUGCCGGUAGGUUCCGCUGCCGGAUCUCUACUGGCUACCCCCUAUACCCAGGCGGGCGGCGCUUCGGUGGCUUCCACUAGCCACCACCAUUUGCACCAUCAUGUUUUGAAACAGCCCGCGGCCAGUCAUGUAUGA